CGCGUGUUGUUUUACUUCAUCAUUCCCACAUCGUGGCAAUUGGGUACGUGCUGAUUGCUUCUUGUCGUGGUAUUGGAAUGGACCACUGCAUUAUUCCAUGGUACUUCCUUCCGAUGGUAACCACGAGUAUCUCGGAUAUUGUCUCGUGCUUCUUGAAUAGCAUAAUAUAUAGCAUACCUACCAAAGCAGCCAUGGCAAGAAAUAAGAUGGUUGUCAAGAUCAGAAGCAAUCACCGCCCGUCAAAAUGGUCUCUCUGGAGGCAAAAUUACGGUUCCUAGUUACCACUGGAGUCGGCUUCUUUGCUGACGGUUAUCUCAACCUAACAAUUGGCCUUGCUGUGCCAAUACUUGGACAUCUCUACUUCCAAACGGACAAUGGCACGGUGCCGUCGGUCGACAGUGAUAUAAUCAAAGGCAGCCUAAGUCUAGGCAUGGUUGUUGGCCAACUCGUUUUCGGGGUCUUGGGAGACGCAUGGGGCCGACAUACUAUCUAUGGCAAGGAGCUGCUCGUGACAAUAUUCGGAGCCCUGAUGGUGAUCUUACUACCUUGGGGAAAUUUCUCCACAAAAGCUAUUACGGCAUGGGUAUCCAUUUUCCGGGUAGUGACUGGAAUCGGUAUUGGAGCAGACUACCCCAUGUCAUCAUCCCUAUCAGCAGAAAAGCCGCCAUUGGGCUCACGAGCCGUGCAGGUGUUGUCGGUUUUCUCGAAUAUUGGCUUAGGAAAUAUGGCAGCCAGUAUUGUCUUCCUGGUCCUGCUAAAAGCCUUUGAAGGGCCAGUAGCCACAAAUCAGCACCAUCUCGAGUGGGUAUGGCGACUUCUGCUGGGAAUUGGCAUCGUUCCUGCUGCUUUGACACUGUAUGCCCGGCUUACUAUUGGUGAGACGACGCCGUAUCGGCAAUUCGUUAUUAGCGGAGAUACCAGGCAAAAGCGCGGAUUAAAAGAGCAGUGGAAUGAUUUCCGUAUCUACUUCGGCAAGUGGAGGCAUGCCAAAGUCCUCUUUGCCACUGCUGCUUCUUGGUUUCUUUUUGAUAUCGCAUACUAUGGUGUCAAUCUCAAUCAGAGCAUCAUAUUAUCGAGGAUUGGCUUUGCUAAAGGGGCAACACCCUGGCAAACCCUGUAUAAGACAGCAGUGGGCAAUAUAAUUGUCCAGGCUGCCGGCUACCUACCCGGCUUCUAUGCCGGCAUCAUUCUCCCAGACCGCAUGGGACGUGUACGCCAGCAGUUUUACACAUGCAUCAUCGCCUGCAUACUAUACGCCAUCUGGGCCGGUAUCAGCUCACCUACCGUCCACACCUCAACAGCCGGGUUGAUGAUCAUCUUUACCAUUUCACAAUUCACCCUAACCGUUGGGCCCAACUGCACAACAUUCCUAAUACCAGCCGAAGUAUUCCCGACGCGUGUUCGUGGUACAGCGCAUGGAAUUUCUGCUGCUGCGGGUAAGUGUGGUGCAAUCCUCACAGCGUUUGCCUUUGGGACUGUUGAGGAUGCAAUUGGCUUGAAUGGAGUACUGGGUUUAUUCUCUGGUGUCAUGUUUCUGACUGCUCUGGUGACGUUGUUGAUCCCGGAAACGAGGGGGAAGAGCUUGGAGGCUAUUGAGAGUGAUAUGCUGUAUGAGGCUACUGCGGGCUCUUCAUUCUCUGGGAGUGUCACCAAGAUUGAAUUUGGAUCUGAAGAGAAGGUAUGAUGGGGGAAUCGGCCAUCAAAGAGGACAUGAUGUUAUUUUAGAAUGAGAAAAACCAAUCAUUAUAAGAUGCUACCAUCACAGGUUUAAAUAGUAGUCACAUACAGUAUUCAUGACUAGAAUUAUCACAGGGUACACUCAUUAAC